AUGGAGCCGGCAGCAGACGGGUCUCGGCCACGGCCAGCCUCUCGGCCGGGCCCCCGGAUCCGGCUGCCUUUCUUCUUCCCUCGACGCCCGCAGCCCGGCACCUCCAAGUUGCCCACGCCUCCUGCCCCGGAACACUCCGGGGACCCCAGACUUGCUGCUUCCCCCCAGCCUCGGACCAGCUACUGGGUGAAGCUGCUUUCCCAGCUCUUCGCGCCACUCCCCAGCCUGCUUCAGAAGCUGCUGGUUUGGAGCCAGCUUUUCGGAGAGAUGGUUCCGACCAGAUGGCUAGAUUUUGCUGGAGGGUCCAGCGCCCUGAGGGCCCUGAAGGCUCGGGAGGACCCAGCCGCGCCCCCCGCGCAGAAAUCUUUGAGUUCGCUGCGGCUCGACCCCUCGGACGACUCUGGUGCCAGCCCCCUCAAUUGGCUGGAGGAGGGGAUCCACUGGCAGUGCUCGUCUUUAGAUCUAACAUCGGAACUCAAAGCCAAGGCUGGAGCCCUGGACCCCGCGGCACACGCUUUUCUGUUAGAGCACCAGCUGUGGGGAGUGGAGCUGUUGCCCAGUGGCCUUCAAGGCCAUCUUUGCUCGGACCGGGAACUUGGCUCUUUGCCCUCCGGGCCUCCAAACGUUAAGCGUGUAAGCAGUUUCGGCGUGGUCUCCUAUUUGUUGAACCCCUCCUAUCUGGACUCCCUGCCCCGGGUGGGGCUCGGCUAUCAGAGCGGCGUGGGAAGUGGCGAGCUAGUUGAUUUCCAGACCCUCAGCCCCGAGAGCAGCUGUGUGACUGAGGCCCAUGACCCUCCCCAGCCACUGAAGGCAGAGAUCACUUGCGCUUCAUGGCGGGGAUGUCCGCCCCUUUCUAGAGAGGGCCUGCCCGAAAUCCACCAUCUUCGCAUGAAACGGCUGGAAUUCCUCCAGCAGGCCAGCAAGGGGCAAGCGUUACCCAGCCCAGACCAAGAUCAUGGCUACCACAGUCUGGAGGAGGAGCACAGCUUGCUCCGGAUGGAUCCGCAACCCGGCGGAGACAGUCCCACACAGUGUGUUCCCUCUGCUGGAGCCGUUCCCGGAACCGCCCAGAAACCGGGAACCGAGGAGGAAGUCGCGUUGGUGACCACAGAGGACCCGCUUGCUGUGGAGAAACCAGGGCCUUCAGAAGGCUGUCCAUCUCGUGAGGUACCGGUGGAAAAAGAGCCUGGCGAGGACCAAAUAAGUGUAGUUGACUCCUCGGACCUAGAGGAUGACAUUCCCUUAUCCUCGAGACCAGCCUGUAGCAACAGGUUGAUAGAUUACAUUUUGGGAGGCGCAUCCAGUGACCCGGAAACAAGUUCUGAUUCCGAAGGUGAGGGUUGGGAUGAGGAGGCUGAGGAUGAUGGUUUUGAUAGUGAUAGCUCAUUCUCAGAAUCAGACCUUGAACAAGACUCUGAAGGGCUUCAGCUUUGGAACUCUUUCUAUAGCGUAGAUCCGUAUAAUCCCCAAAACUUUACGGCAACAAUUCAGACUGCUGCCAGAAUUGUUCCUGGAGCCCCUUCUGACUCCGAGAAGGAUUUGUCUGACAAGUCUGAUCUAGAGAAUUCUCCCCAGACCGGAAGCCUUCCCGAGUCUCCUGACCAGAAUUCUGGGGAGGAAGAGGACUGGGAAUCUAGUGCAGAUGAAGCAGAGAAUCUCAAACUGUGGAAUUCUUUCUGUAAUUCCGAUGACCCCUACAACCUUUUAAAUUUUAAGGCUCCUUUUCAAACAUCAGGGAAAAUUUGGAAAGGCCGUUGCGACCCAGAGAGGCCGUCUGAGCCCGCUGCGGCCAUUUCGGAGUAUCACACCUUACUUUCUUGUGAGGUGCACCUGUUAGGGAGCCGAGAAACCGAAGGUCCAGACUUGGGACAGGGUGGGGUUCUUUCUGGACAAAGACACACGCGUAUCAAGAGGAAAAAGGUAACCUUCCUUGAAGAAGUUACUGAGUAUUAUAUAAGUGGUGAUGAGGACCGCAAAGGACCAUGGGAAGAAUUUGCACGGGAUGGGUGCAGGUUCCAGAAACGAAUUCAAGAAACAGAAGAUGCUAUUGGAUAUUGCUUGACAGUUGAGCACAGAGAAAGAAUGUUCAAUAGACUCCAGGAAACAUGCUUCAAAGGACUUACUGCUUUCAAGCAAUGUUAAGAUGGUUUGACAGCCUCUAACUCGAGCAUACACUACCUCUUAUUUGAGAGGUUUCUUUUAAAAACAAAAUUUGGCAGCUGUCCUUUUUUUUUUAGAGGAUAUGCAACUUGGACCCAG